AUGGAGGCGGACGAGUACGAGGAAAUGAGAUACGAGACAGUGAAGCAACUUGAGGAGUUCCAGUCUUCAUUGGACAACAUAUCAAACGUCACUUUGAAAUCAGAUCUGGAACGAUUCAAACAGGCCGUGACAGCUGCUAUUGCAGAAGCUUUCCGAACACCAGAAGUUAUACGAUUUUUCACUAGAAAGGAACCUGGGCAACUUCGACUCAAGCUGGAGCAGAUAGAACGGGAGCACACAUUCAGACAGAUAGACGACGCUUUUUACAGUUCAACGAGGCUAGAAAUCCUCUUGGCUCUCAAGAAAUUGGGCGAGAAGCUGGACACAACGGAAGAAGUGUUUCUGAGGAGAGCAACUGCUGCAAGUGAAAUACUACAAAAGAUUGUUCAAGAUGACUCCGAAGAGGACAAAAUUGCAUCAUCUGUGAGUGGUCUGAAGAAAUGA